CUUCGCAUCCAUAACAACUCCCACUUCUCACAAAAAUUCACUAUAUAUAACAUCCAAACUUUUGCCUGUAUAACACAUCCACUGAAUCUAUUAACUCCCACUAAUUAAUAUGCCUAGCCAAAGAUUUGCUCGUCCAAUUUUUGACAACCCUUUUCUUAAGAUCAAAGAAUUACCAGGUGACACAGUUAAACGUAACUCUGAAUCGCUUAAACAAGCCAAUUCUGAUCCCAAAGGUACCUCCUUAGUCGUAACAAGGGACGUGGACCUUGACACCACCAAAAAUACUUUGCUUCGACUUUACGUCCCAAGAAGAUUAACAAAAGUUGAUAAACCUAAGAAAUUGCCACUCAUAAUGUAUUAUCACGGCGGAGGCUUUGUUUACUUUCAUGCCAACACUUUUAUUUUCGACGUGUUUUGCCAGGCACUCGCUGAAAGAGUUGGUGCUAUGGUGAUCUCACUCGAGUAUCGUCUCGCCCCUGAAAACCGCCUUCCUGCAGCGUAUGAUGAUGCCAUAGAUGGGUUAGAAUGGCUCAAGUUCACUAAGGAUGAAUGGGUCUGUAACUAUGCUGACUUGAGCAAAGUUUUUCUCGGUGGAACCAGCUCUGGAGGCAAUUUAGCUUAUAAUGCAGGACAGAAUCAGAGGAGACACGGAAAGAUGAUCAACUUCUGCCACUUCAUGCAAUUGAUAAGAUGUUUGAUUUGUGUUUACCAAAAAGGUGUGGAUCAUGAUCAUGAAUACUGCAACCCAUGUGCAAAUGGAGGGUCAAAGCAUUUAGAUGAUAUUAAGGAGUUAGGGUGGAGGGUUUUUGUGAGUGGUGCUUCUGAAGAUCCUCUAGUUGACGCUGCUCGUGGAUGUGUCAGGAUGUUGGAAGAGAAGGGUAUAAAAGUAUUCAAGUUUUUUAGAGAUGGUUAUCAUGCUAUGGAAGUGUUCGAUCAAUCAAUGGCUGCUGCCUUAUAUGACGCUACCAAAGAUUACGUAUAUGCUGCUAGUAGAACUUAAAAAUGUACUAUCUAUGGUGUGUUUGUUUCAUUUCUGAUGCAGUUGAUUUUCUUUGUGCAAAUAAAAGAGCACUGUACUCCAUAUAGUGUAUGAAAUAUUACUCUAAUAAGUUGUUCUAUUUUUCGGAUGAAUUCAAAUCAGUUUAUUUUUUA